AGUCUUAGUUUAGAAGCUUCGCUAAAACCUGUCCACCAUGAAUGACCCUGCUGGUAUUUCAAAAACCGGUGGCAUAGCUUCCAGCAUAACAGCAACACAUAAGCCAGCACAGUACAUAAACUGACAGACUCAAAACCAAAAACCAAAGCCAGUGCCGUCGAGUCGAUACCGACUCAUAGCGACCCUAUAGGACAGAGUAGAACUGCUCCCAUAGAGUUUCCAAGAAGCUUCUGGCGGACUAGGGGUGGAUAUAGAUUGUGUUAGAAGAUGGUAAGUGGACUGGUAGAGGGGAGCUAUAGGAGCCAGCUGAGGGACAGAAAUGUAGGAUGUUCAAUAUUAAUGGAGUGAUCCAGCAAGCCUCUUCUGAAGGAGAUGGGGGGCGGGGAACCCUUUGCCAUCAAGUCGAUUCCGACUCAGAGCGACCCUAUGGGACAGUACAACUGCCCUAUAGAGUUUCCGAGGAGCGCUCGGUGGAGUCGAACUGCCAACCUUUUGGUUAGCAGCCAUAGCACUUAACCACUAUGCCACCAGCCACCAGGGUUUGAAGGAGAUGAGAAAACUCAUCGGGGUCCCAACACUAUUUUAACGAAUUCAGUUUUUCAAGAGAAGUAUCUAAGCAUCGGGUGGGGGUGGAGGGCGAAGAUGUUAGAUUUGUCUGAGAUUUCAUUCAGAGUCUCUGCAAGUGGAGGCGGCCGGAUGGGCGCUCAGAAGUUGGAGGGAGCCGGCCCACGUUGCCAGCCCGGUGCUUCAGGCUCGACACCCAUCGAGGACCUGGACACGCAUGAGCGCGGCUCCAGGGUGAACAUAUUCCAGACGGCCAGAGGUGCCAUAUAUGAGAGGUCACCUAGACAGGUAGGCUUCCCGGAGAACCCGGCGUCGAGACCGACGCUGAAAGAAGAGGAAUGGGCUUUGUGCCAACGUCUGAGGUUGAACGAUGGGAACGCCAGGAGGGGCGAGACCGAGCCUGGGUAGGGACCGGAUCGCCCGGUGGGGACGCCGAGGUUCCGUCCCGUAGGAGCGGAAUGCCAGGCGAGAGUCCAGGAAAGAGCGAUACACGCCGGUGGCGUUUUAGCUGCCUUAUCUGCACCCCCGAGGGUGCCGCUGGGGGAAAGUGGAGUGGCCUAGAAAGGCGUUCUCCCGAGGAAGACCCGCCCCGCGCAUGCGCGCUCCGGAGCGAGUGGGGGAGGGACUUCACCUCGAGUUUGCGCCCCAGCACCGGCUCGCCGGCAAAUAUUUGACAUUCCGGGCUUAACGGGAGAGGGGCGGGGCCCGACGAGCGACGUCCUUCCCCCAGUGCUUGAUUUGCUCAGUGCUUCCGGGGGUGGUGACACGGGGGGAGGUGGAGGUGUCCUAGUAGGCAAUCAGAAGAGCACUACCGCGCUCUCGCGUUCUUCUCCACCCUAAGUGGGAGCGCUGGUAGACCGAAACUGGCAGACACGGGGUCCACCUCUCACUCCCUCCCGGCCACAGUGACCCGGCGCAAGUCACUUCCGUCCCUGGUGCCUCAGUCUCUUCAUUUGCCAAGCGGGGGGCGCGCUGCUGUGUGGAGUCAGUGGACAAGGCCUUGGAGGCGCCCCCUCCACCCCGAUUUCCCAGGCGUGAGCUGAGGAUGCAUUCUCAUCCUCGGCUCUCUCCAUUGUUCGCAAGCCUUCUCCGAAAGCGCGAUGUAGGGCCUCUGCCUGUGUCGGGCCGGCCUUGGCAAUCCUAUGUCUCCGCUCCCGCCAAGACAGAGCCCUUCUUCCCGCUGGGUUCUCCUUCAGUUUCGCAAUCAAGUAAAUGGGAGAAUUCGGGAAAUACUCGGGCGGCCUGGAAAAGCACGGUAAAGAAGGCUCAUCAAACUCGACCAGGCGAAGGGGGCCAGGGAGUCCUCAACGCGGGACUGUCCGAAUUGGGGUCUUGGCCAGGGACACUCGCCGCUAGGCCCCCACCCCGCAGAGCGCUCACAAUCUCCGGGCAACAGGCCCUGGGCCUUUCCCCCAUCGGCGCGCGCGCGCGCGAGCGUGUAAGGAAAACAGGCAAGAGCGAGGGAGUAGUGAUGCUCCAGGCCCGGACCAUUCACCUCUGCCGGGUUCAGGGUGUUUGCUGCUCUCGGUUUGAGGGAACAGGGAGCUUUCUCUUUCUGCAGCACAGAACCUGGUCACCCUCCGUCCCACAGCGACCACGUUUCGGCACCGUGGACACUUCCCGGAGCCGCGCUCGGGCCGGGCCCUCGUCCCUAAGUGUAAAAGCCUUGCCCUAUGACCUCGGCUGACCCCUUCCCCCCACGGUUCUUAUCACCCCUGAUGAUUUCCUCCGGCUUCUUCCCCCAAUCAACCUUUGGUGACCGCCCCCCUACAGCUCCUUGACUGACUCCUGGUGACUUCCACAGGUAGUGUGACCCUCAAGGACUAGGGAAGCCCCCGCGUCCUGCACGUUCCUUUGCGGAGUUCUCACAGUUCCUGGAGGUUGGGGACGCCCCGGGAGUCGGACAGGGCCCAGAGCGCGCACCCAGGCCGGAGUAUACGAGCGCGCGGUCUAGGCUAGGUUCUGGCACCCCUCCCCUACUGUUCUCUGGAGCCGCCCCGGUCACGUGGCUGGCGGGGCCGGCAGGUAACUCUCCCAGAAAGGGCGGGGGCCGGUACCGCCCCGCCCCGCAGGGAGCCGCGAGCGCGUCUCUGCAGCGCCCACUGCUCUAGCAGAGCCGCAGGUGCCGCCCCCGACACACUGUGUCCCGCCCAAGCUGGUCCGCGUCUGCCGUCGGUUUGUGCGUGCGUGCGCCUCGUCGGUCCGCGUGUGUCUGGCCGAGUGCCCCCUUCCUCUGUGGCCAUGACUCCACCGCCGCCCCAGCCACCGCCUCCCGGUCCGGACCCCGCCGCUGAUUCUGCGGCAGACCCCUGCUCCGGGCCCGGAACCCUAGUCGUACUGUUUGGGGCCACAGCCGGUGCGCUGGGGCCCGACUUGGGCUCCGACGAGACCGACUUAAUCCUUCUAGUCUGGCAAGCGGUGGAGCCUCGGAGUCGCCAGGUGGGGACACUCCACAAGUCCCUAGUGCGCGCCCAGACAGCUGCGUUGAGUCCUCAGUGCCGCGAGGCGAGCGGCCUUAGUGCCGACAGCCUGGCACGGGCCGAGCCACUGGACAAGGUGCUGCAGCAGUUCUCACAGCUGGUGAGUGGGGACGUAGCUCUGCUUGGCGGGGGCCCCUAUAUGCUCUGCACUGAUGGGCAGCAGCUGCUGCGACAGGUCCUGCACCCUGAGGCCUCCCGGAAGAACCUGGUGCUCCCCGACACCUUCUUCUCCUUCUACGACCUCCGCAGAGAAUUCCAUAUGCGGCACCCGAGUAUCUGCCCUACCAGAGACCUCACCGUGGCCACCAUGGCACAGGAUUUGGGGCUGGAAACAGACGCCACAGAGGACGACUUUGGAGUCUGGGAAGUGAAAACAAUGGUAGCCAUCAUCCUCCACCUGCUGGAAGGGCCCAGCGGUCAAUUAUUUUCAAAGCCCGAGGUCGUAAAGCAGAAAUAUGAGACAGGGCCGUGCUCUGACCCUGUGUCCUGCCCCCACAGCAGCAAGACUGACGUGGUGGACAGUGAGACUGUGAUACGGGCCCGUGGGUUGCCCUGGCAGUCAUCAGACCAGGAUGUGGCUCGCUUCUUCAAAGGGCUCAACAUUGCCAGGGGCGGUGUAGCACUCUGCCUCAAUGCCCAGGGCCGCAGAAAUGGCGAGGCCCUCAUCCGCUUUGUGGACAGUGAGCAGCGGGACCUAGCACUGCAGAGGCACAAGCACCAUAUGGGUAUCCGUUAUAUCGAGGUGUAUAAAGCCACGGGGGAAGAAUUUGUAAAGAUCGCAGGGGGCACAUCAUUAGAGGUGGUCCGUUUCCUGUCACGGGAAGACCAGGUGAUCCUGCGGCUGCGGGGACUGCCCUUCUCAGCUGGGCCUGCAGAUGUGCUGGCCUUCCUGGGGCCAGAGUGCCCAGUGACUGGGGGUGCUGAUGGGCUGCUCUUUGUGCGCCAUCCUGACGGCCGGCCCACUGGUGAUGCCUUUGCCCUCUUUGCCUGUGAGGAGUUGGCACAGGCUGCCCUGCGCAGGCACAAGGGUAUGCUGGGUAAGCGAUACAUCGAACUCUUCCGGAGCACUGCAGCUGAGGUGCAGCAGGUCCUGAAUCGAUAUGCAUCCAGCUCACUCCUUCCCACUCUUACUGCCCCACUGCUGCCCAUCCCCUUCCCACUGGUAGCUGGGACCGGGAGGGAUUGUGUACGUCUUCGAGGCCUGCCCUACACAGCCACCAUUGAAGACAUCCUAAGCUUCCUGGGGGAGGCAGCGGCUGACAUCCGGCCCCACGGUGUGCACAUGGUGCUCAACCAGCAGGUGAGGUUGCUGUCAGUGGGGGACACACACACAUUUAUGGUGAGAGAAGGGUGUGUGGUUAGGGGUAAGGCCCUUUUGCACAUGCUUACAAGACAGUGUGAACAGGGCCGGCCAUCGGGUGACGCCUUCAUCCAGAUGACGUCAGCAGAGCGGGCCCUCGCUGCUGCUCAACGUUGCCAUAAGAAGGUGAUGAAGGAACGCUACGUGGAGGUGGUCCCCUGCUCCACAGAGGAGAUGAGCCGUGUGCUGAUGGGGGGCACUUUGGGCCGCAGUGGCAUGUCCCCUCCGCCCUGCAAGCUGCCCUGCCUCUCGCCACCUGCCUAUGCCACCUUCCAUGCUACCCCAGCCCUCAUUCCCACUGAGACAGCAGCUCUGUAUCCCUCUUCGGCACUGCUCCCGGCUGCCAGGGUUCCUGCCACCCCCACCCCGGUUGCCUACUACCCAGGGCCAGCCACUCAGCUCUACAUGAACUACACAGCCUACUACCCCAGUCCCCCAGUCUCCCCUACCACUGUGGGCUACCUCACCACACCCCCUGCCGCCCUGGCCUCUGCCCCCACCUCGGUGUUGUCCCAGCCAGGAGCCCUGGUUCGUAUGCAGGGUGUUCCAUACACAGCUGGUAUGAAGGAUCUGCUCAGUGUCUUCCAGGCCUACCAGCUAGCCCCUGAUGACUACACCAGUCUGAUGCCUGUUGGUGACCUGCCUCGCACUGUGCUACAGGCCCCCAAAGAGUGGGUGUGUUUGUAGGUGAGGGAGCCAGGAGGUAAGAGCUAGCUGACAUCCUCAGCUAACAUGCCCCUCCCUCCUGUAUCAAGAGGACCAGUGCCUCAAUCCGGUGGCUUCUUUAUGGCUAGUUAAAGCUCUCAGAAGGCACCCAGAGGAGCCCAAGCCCCAGCUUCAACCCCCAUUUAUUCCUCUGCCUGUUCUCUCCAAAGAUGAUGGCUGGACCCUGCAUGCAGGGCUGGGGGUGGAAUGUGCUACCUGCUCCUGAUAGCCUGACCUGGGUGUGGAAUGGUGCUACCUGCUCCUGAUGGUUUGACUUGAGCCUCCUGAGUGGUACCUGGAGAGCCUCUGGUCUGUUCUGGACAUGGUCCUGCCCACAGGUUCUGUGGGGUUGCCAGGUCCACACCAGGCUUUCUUUUUUAAAAUGUAAGCCCUUGUGCCUUUGAUGUAUGACUCCUGGGAGAAUCAAGGGUCCAUCUGAGUUUCUGAGUAAAGCUUCUGAUGCUCUGCCUCCCUGUAACCCUUCUGAUUGGGGGCAAAGAGGCAAAGAGACUCCUGUAAGGAUACUAGCCCCCCCCUCCAGCUCAGCACAAGGAUUAUCAAAAGGCGCUGUUUUCAUGGACUAUGCUGCAGUAUCCCCAGAGAACACUAGGGGGCAAGAGGCCCCUGCACGAAGCCUCAGGUUUGAAUUUUAAAGGGGACUUUCUGCCUACUUUUCAUGCAUACCUUGGGACAGUUGUCCUGAACCCAGCAGUGGAAUGUCCUUUGCACCCAUUAAAGGGUGCAUAACUGAAGCCUCAGAAGGAAUUUGGAACUCUACCCUCUCCUCCGUAGAAAGCCGUGGUGCCCUUAGCUUUGGCCCCCAGAGAGAGGGGCUCU